AUGAAAGUUUGAUCUGACGAAACUUGUGGUUUGCUUUCUUCAUACUGUAUUCAAGUUCACUGAACCAAAACUACUGAGUGUCCCAACACAGAUGAAAACCACGUAUAGUUUUGUUUUCAAUCAAUGACCCAAAAUGGAUGUAAAAGAUAGCGGGGAAGAUGACUUGAAGAAAACCCCUCCAACAUGCUGCCAAAAGCUGAAGAGUUGUAUCACCUUGACACCAGAGGGAGCCACCCCCAUCAACUACAAAGUUAUGGCCCUUUGUAUUCUGGCUUUGUUUUCCAGCUCUUUGACGAUAACCUUCCUGUUUCCCUUCCUGCCAGAAAUGAUUUUGAGUUUUGGGUAUGCCGAAGAAGAGAAAGGUUAUUAUGCCGGGAUAGUCGCAUCAGCCAUGUUUGCGGGUCGAGCGUUUGGGAGCUACUUCUGGGGCUGGCUGUCUGACAAGAAAGGGAGACGACCCAUACUGAUAAUCACGAUUAUAGGCAAUGGCAUCUUUUCUCUGGCAUUUGGCUUCUCACGCAACCUUACCCAGGCCAUUGCCUUCAGGUUCCUGACUGGCUUGUCUAAUGGAAGCGUUGGAACUGCCAAAACAGUUCUCUACGAGAUCUCCGAUAAUUCUAACCAGGCUGUUGGCAUGACGACCUUGUCACUGGCCUGGGGAGGGGGGAUAAUCCUGGGGCCUGCCAUUGGCGGGUAUUUCGCCUCCCCUGCUAAGAAGUACUCCUCUGUCUUUGAUCCCUCUGGUUUCUUCGGGCAUUACCCGUACAUUUUGCCAAGCAUUAUUGUCUUUAGUGUUGCCGUUUUUGCUGUGGUUAUUUUGUUCUGGAAAAUGCCAGAAACUCUCAAGACCAAGCUCAAGCAGUCAGAAGAAGUAGAAGUUACAGAAGAUUUGAUUGGCCCAGGUGUGGAGGUCAAGGUCAUAGACAGUACAAGGGAACUGGAGAAAGCAGAUGACUCAUCCUGUCGAAAUACAGAUUUCCGACGUUUUUUGUCACUUGAGAGUGUGAAUUGUGAUACGCGCCUCGUCCCUUACAUGAGCUCGGAGACUGCCAGGGAUCCUGUGUCCCAUCUACGCGAAGGGGCAGAUAAGCAGACCCCCAUUCUUGAUCAGCAGCUGUACUGCACUUCCCGAUGCAGGAAAGAUGACACUUGGGAUUGCCAUCAGCUUGCCCAUCAGCAACCAUCAGCAUCCUCAGGACUCCGGGACAAUGAGAAGGAAGGGAGUAGCCAUUGUAGACGUUCCUUGCAAGAGGAAGCUGCCACCCCACCUGAGCCACCCCACUCCUGCUGUGCCCGAGUGGGGAGGGCAAUAAUGAACAGUUCAAUCGUUUCCUUGCUUGGAGAGCGAGACGUCCGCCAUGCUGUGUUCCUGUAUACAUUCUUCUCCUUCGCUGUCAUCGGCUAUGAGGAUGUCUUCACGAUAUGGGCAUCUACUGAACCUAUAUUUGAUGGCCUUGGCUUCACCACAGAUCAGAUCGGCACAGCUAUUGGCACUGCCUCCAUACCCUUAUUGUGUCUUCAGAUCUUCUUCUUCCCCUUCAUGUCCAGACGGAUGGGAUUGAUCAAAUCUUUCUGGAUUUGUGGGAGUGUGACUAUGAUUGUAGUACUGGCCACACCGAUGUUACAUCUAAUCUACGACCAACCAGCUUCGUUGUGGACAGGACUUCUCCUAAGUCAGAUGCCGAUGAAAAUGGCAGUCAACUGUUGCUUUGCUGCCACAUCUCUCUUCAUCAACAACUCUGUUGGUCCUGAAAUAGUGGGUUCAGUGAACGGAAUUGCCAUGACAGCCACGGCCAUUGCCAGGACUAUGGCUCCUACUAUAGGAGGAAGUGUGUUUGCCUGGUCUAUCAGCUACGGUACAUUUCACAUCGGCGCACCCUUUGACGUCUACCUAAGCUUCCUAAUGUUUAGUGUUGUGUUUUGGCUCUCUACAAUUUACAGUAUAUUUACACCGGAAUGUCUAAACAGACAAUCCAAGAAAUAAUAAAAUAAUGUUGUUAGAUUUAUAACUAUACGUAACACUGCUACUGGCAAUUGUAUAUUUUGCCCAUUUGUUUUAGAUACAUGUACAUGUGUAUGGUGAAAACUGAUUGUCAUUUUGUUUUGGUGGUCUAUAUUUUGUUAGGCUUGAUUGCUAUAGUUCUGUAUGUAGGUUAGCUUUUAUUUGUAUGUCAUCAUCUAAAGUAUGAAAUGACUUAUUAGGAAACAUGUAUUUUAUUAUUGUUAGCAGUAUAGGUUUUUUUUUGCCUUUUGAAGAAUUUUGUAUUGUUACACUCAUUUGUUUGUGUAUAAAUCUUCCCUUGUGUUACAUGUAAAACCAUUUACCUGUGAAUAAUUGAUAUGGUUACAAUUAUUUAUCAAGGCUCGAAACUUUCUUUUGCAGUAUAAAUAUUUUACCUGUAGAAUAACUUGUAGGGCUACAAGUUUUCUUCAGUUAUGAACCUCAGUGAUAAUAAAACUGGGUUGAAAUUGUUAAAAAAAUGUAUUUUUUUAAAUUAAUGGCUUUAUUUUGUUGUAUUUAUUUGUAUGAUAAUUGCAUACAAAUAAAUAUUGAAUGUUUUUUUUUGUUUUUUUUUAACGUUUUAUGUGCAGAGAUACAUGUAUGAGGUACAUGUAGAUAUACAAGAUCAGUUGGUUCCCAGUGUAUCUAAUGCAGUUGUAUGGCACAACACAUGUGCCAAACUGCUUAUUGACAAGUAAAUGGUCUGUUGGUUUAGAUUUAAACAAGGAUAUAGAAUUGCUGUACUACAGCUUAAGUCAAGUAUUUUCCAAGUUCUCGGUUUUGCUUGGUUCUGAUUAACUGAUCCACAGAGCUACUUAAGGGUUGAGUUUGGUUAAUUUCUAAUCAGGAAAACAUAAAAUGGCAUCAACAGCAUCUUUUUAAGGUCUUUAUAUGCAGGAGAAUGGUAAUUUUUACAUGACAAAUUUUAGGUGAAGUACGGUACCUGGCCCGAUGUGCAAGGAUAAUUUGCUUGACUCUCAAUGAAUGUUGAGUUGUGAUGAAUCAACUGAUCAUGUAAAAUGAAUACUUGGUUUGUGCUGAUUGUAACUUGGCACACUUUGUGUGGUUGUGUGCACAUGAGAUUGUCGUGUGUAGAUGUUUUCAAAGUUGCCAGGGAGUUGUUCUGGAUGGUGAAUGAGUUUAUAGCCAUGGGUGAUACAAGCAAUCUCAUUGAACUUGAAAAUACUGGUGUAUUUCACCUGAAGUUUAGGAUUUUCAAGUGGCAUGUUUUGUGUGGUUCUGAUUUAUUCAUCCACCUUAUAGGGCCACUAUCGAGUUCAUUGUAAAGUUAGGAGAAUGUAUUACUGGUUGACCUCAAAUGUGUUACUGGUUGACCUCAAAUGUUUUACUGUUGACCUCAAAUGUGUUACUGGUUGACCUCAAAUGUGUUGGACUCAGAAGUAUCAUAUCAUGGAAUAGUGAAGUAUAAAGAUAACUGUUUUGUUAAGAGUACCCUAUUUCUUCGAAAAUUUGGGACAACUAGUCUGCUCAUUUUAGCCAAUAUAUAUGUAAUUCUGACAGAGAUGUUGAGUUUCUUUUUUCUCGUGUGGUUAGACCAUCUAAUGAACAACUUGCUCAUAUCUUUACUUUUAGAAGAAAUUGGAAAUGUAACAUUCUACUUUCAAUGUUAAUUGUAUCUGUCCCAGAUUUUAGACGAAUUAAGGUAUGUUUAAUAUGCUGGAUUAGCCAGAUAUUUCUAGAAGUUUUUCUGUGUGCUUGUAUGUGAUUUAUAAGAUAUAAGGUAUGCAGGAGACUUUGUUAUUUAUAUUUGUUUGGGAAUCUCGUCUCUGUAUAGAACUUUUAACCAUGACAAAUGACAUAUACAUAACUUACACACCUUUAAGUUCAUUUGUCAUGCCUUACUUUUAUGCUACACUUAAUGAAUUUUUGUUUGGGCCAAAAACCUAUUUAAUAUUUUUGAUCUUGAAAAUAGCAUAAGCUUAGGUAUAAAGUACUUGUAUGUCUCUUUUGUUUUUCUAUAACAUUGUCCC